CUGUCAGGAGCCAGCCACCCCUUGCCACCCCACUGUGACAUGGAUUCAUGUAGCUCUGAGGAAUUCUACCAGGCUGUUCACCAUGCAGAGCAAACCUUCAGAAAGAUGGAGAGCUAUUUGAAACAACAACAGCUUUGUGACGUUAUCCUGAUUGCUGGGGAUCGCAAGAUACCUGCACAUAGACUUGUUCUCAGUUCUGUCUCUGACUACUUUGCUGCCAUGUUUACAAGUGAUGUUUGUGAAGCCAAGCAAGAAGAGAUUAAAAUGGAAGGCAUAGACCCCAAUGCACUGUGGGAUCUUGUUCAGUUUGCAUAUACAGGCUGCCUGGAAUUGAAAGAAGAUACAAUUGAAAAUCUUCUAGCAGCUGCCUGCCUCCUCCAGCUCCCACAAGUAGUAGAGGUUUGUUGCCAUUUUCUAAUGAAGCUUUUGCACCCAUCCAACUGUUUGGGAAUACGAGCAUUUGCUGAUGCGCAAGGAUGCACAGAGCUUAUGAAGGUGGCUCAUAACUACACCAUGGAAAAUAUAAUGGAAGUUAUAAGAAAUCAAGAAUUUUUACUUCUACCAGCUGAAGAACUCCAUAAACUUCUUGCUAGUGAUGAUGUGAAUGUUCCUGAUGAAGAGACCAUUUUCCAUGCCUUAAUGAUGUGGGUGAAGUAUGAUAUGCAGAGGCGAUGCAACGACCUAAGCAUGCUACUUGCUUAUAUCAGAUUACCACUUCUUCCACCUCAGAUAUUGGCUGACCUAGAAAACCAUGCGCUUUUUAAGGAUGACCUAGAGUGCCAGAAGCUUAUUCUGGAAGCCAUGAAAUAUCAUCUUUUACCAGAGAGAAGAACUCUCAUGCAAAGCCCAAGAACUAAGCCUAGAAAAUCUACAGUUGGGACACUUUAUGCUGUUGGAGGAAUGGAUAACAACAAAGGUGCUACAACUAUUGAAAAGUAUGAUCUCCGAACAAAUAUAUGGAUUCAGGCUGGAGUAAUGAAUGGCAGGAGGCUUCAGUUUGGUGUUGCUGUCAUAGAUGACAAGCUGUUUGUCAUUGGAGGCCGAGAUGGUUUAAAGACAUUAAACACUGUUGAAUGUUACAAUCCAAAGACCAAGGCCUGGACUGUGUUACCACCUAUGUCAACACAUAGACAUGGCUUAGGAGUUACAGUGCUUGAAGGGCCUAUUUAUGCAGUGGGAGGACAUGAUGGUUGGAGUUAUUUGAAUACAGUUGAGAGGUGGGACCCUCAAAGUCAGCAGUGGACAUUUGUGGCAAGUAUGUCAAUUGCCAGAAGCACUGUUGGAGUAGCAGCAUUAAAUGGCAAGUUAUAUUCAGUUGGAGGUCGGGAUGGAAGUUCAUGUUUGAGUUCAAUGGAAUAUUAUGAUCCUCACACGAAUAAAUGGAAUAUGUGUGCUCCUAUGUGUAAGAGAAGAGGAGGUGUAGGAGUGGCUACAUGUGAUGGCUUUCUUUAUGCAGUUGGAGGCCAUGAUGCUCCUGCUUCUAACCAUUGCUCUCGACUGCUGGACUAUGUAGAAAGAUAUGAUCCAAAAACUGAUACAUGGACAAUGGUGGCUCCACUGAGUAUGCCUCGAGAUGCUGUUGGUGUUUGUCUCCUUGGUGACAAAUUAUAUGCAGUAGGUGGCUAUGAUGGUCAGACAUAUUUGAACACUAUGGAAGCAUAUGACCCUCAGACUAAUGAAUGGACACAGAUGGCUUCCUUAAAUAUUGGAAGAGCUGGUGCCUGUGUUGUAGUCAUCAAACAGCCAUGACUUUGUCAGCACUGCUUGGGAUUUUACUGACUGUGAAAUGAUUAUUUUUCUAUGAGACAACGAGAACGAUAACUUCACAAGAACAAGGAUUUACACAGUGAAUACUCACUUGAUCACAAACUUGAAGGAGCUGGAAGUGAGAAAGAUUAAGUAUUUAUGCCCUAUAAAUUCAUCAAAACAGUUCACAGUCAGUGAACAAGAGAAAAAUACCCCAGACUGUUUUAGGCGUAAAUAUGUGAAUGUGGAGUAGUAAGUUCAGGUACUGUUCUCGUUUAUGUGUCCUGGAGAACUGGAUAAUCAAGGGAAAGCUCUACA